UGAAAGAAAAGUCAAUAAGAGGGGGAUAGGUUGGAAGGGGUCCAAAGGGGAUCUGUACUAAACUUGGAACGGUUUAGCUGGUUUGAGCAAAGAAUCCGACGCCAUUUUCCGACACUAAGCGACGCCAAUCGACUGAAAAGGAGGGAGGCGUACGACGAUGGAUGAGAGCCAAAAGGAUCAGCUAGUCUGCUUGUUAAGGCAGUCCUUUCAGGUUGCUUUAGUUUCGCAGUAGAAAUCUGGAGGCGAAGGCGUACGAACGAGUUGUGCGCACCAUAUCGCAACUGCACCGUAUAUAUUUUGUGGUCGGUGAGAACGUAGCGAGAGGAGCGGCUCCCUUCGGCGUGUUUUGGAUAUGGCGGCUCCUUCCACCACCCAAAAGCUGACGCCUGCUGCUGAUGUAGGCACCGGAUCAGGGAGAAAAGUAGAGAAACAGCCGUCUGUACCUGGGAAAUCGCAGCCUGCACAUGGCGCAGGUGGUGGUGGAUCAGAGGAGCCACCGCAUGCCCUGGACGAGGCACGCUUCCGCCUGCUGAACUCGCUCCUCCACCGUGAGAACGUGGACGCGGACGAACUUCUGAAUCUUGUGGGGGAAGAUUACCCCGUGAACCUCAUGAAUGACCCGCUGCUCAGCGUCGUCAUCGCCUGCAAGAAGCCCAAGCUCGCCGUCCGCCUCAUCGCCAAAAUAUCAUCAAAUGACAUUCUCAAGGCCUACAACUACAACGGCGACACGGCGCUUCACGUAGCUGCCGCCAUGGACGACAAAGAAGUGGCCUUGGAGCUGAUCCGCAGGGUGCCAGAUCUCGUUCAUAUGCGGAACCGGAAGCAGGAGAUACCGCUACAUAAGGCGGCCCUGUACGGGCUGCAGGGCAUGUUCAAGCUGCUGGUCGACGAGAACAGCUCACCGGAAGCCCGGAGGGAGGACGGCGCCACCAUGCUGCACUGUGCCAUCAUGGGCAACGCGCCGGGGCUUGCACUGGAGAUUGCAGAGCGUUUUCCAUUCCUGAUCACAUCGCGGAAUACUAUGGCGGUAACCCCGUUGCAGCUGAUGGUGACCGUUCCGGGGUUAUUCCGAAGCCAAAUGGUACUUGGCGGCUUAGAGUCCAUGCUCCAUAACUUUAUUCCUUUGGAGAAGGACUCACACAGGACACGUCAAAGAGAUGAAGAGGAGGCAAGUGGAAGCUCCAACGAUGCCGGUCAAGCUGAGGGGACAGAACAAGAUGACCACGAUUGUUUCGCGUGGCAGAGAACAAUUCGUUCAAGAUUUCCAUCUUGCCGCUGUACUCUCGUUGAUAUAUUAGUCUUCCCAGGCACUCCUACUAGCUUCUCUGUCCUUGCAGUCAAUUGGGUUCUUCUGCGUCUUUUCAUCAUUUUAAAGACUCAUGCAAUGCGUUAUGCAGUGUGCCCUCGAACCCGACAUCUGGAGAAGAUUAAGAGAACCCAUGGAAAAGCCUUGGAACUCAUCGAAUUUUUAGCCCGCGACCCGAGAAACAUGGAGUUCUACGUGCUGGGAAGAAAACAAGGUGAUGGCGGAGCUCCUGCGGCAGGCUUUCGAGAAAGAGGUGGGCGACAAGAUCAACUUAAUGCACCUGCUGCGUCUACCAGAAGAUGGAACGAGCCACCCUUGAUCUUGGGUGCACAAAUGGGCAUUCCCGAGUUCGUCAGUACCAUCUUACGAGUGUGUCCGGAGGCGGCUACCUACCUGGACACCCGUGGCCGAAGCGUUCUCCAAGUAGCAAUAGAGCAUGGUAACCGAGAGAUUGUGAGAACUAUACGUGAGAUGACUCGGGGGAAGAAUCCCAUACUACCAUCCUGGCUACUGUCCCGCGUCGACAAAGGGACCGGAAGAACCAUCCUGCACUUUGCUUCGGCAAAUGCCCCUGAGCAUAACCAAGAUGCUCUACAAAUGCAAGAUGAAUUAAGAUGGUUUGAGACGGUGAGAGAUAUGGUUCCUAAGGAAUUAGUGUACAGUCGGAACGCGCAAGAGAUGACCGCAGAAGAGAUGUUUACCAAGAGUCACCAAGCUUUGCUCAAGAGUUGCAAGGUUCAACUAAUGGAAACGGGCAGGCUGUGUUCCGGGCUGGUCGCAGCUGUAGUGUUCGCGUCGAGCUUCUCCGUCCCCGGCGAUAAGGACCCAACCACCGGCAACCCGGUUUACUUCGGUAGGGCAGCUUUUACGGUCUUCUCACAUGCGUACGUGAUUGGGUUGUCAUGCGCCGCCACAUCUCUGGUGUUGUUCUUAUCCCUCGCCAUGUCACCUUACAAGGAGCAGCAGUUCCGUCGUAUAAUCCCAACCAAAUACUUCUUUGCCCGCUCAUCGUUUGCGAUGGCGAUGCUGUCUUUUCUGGUGGCGUUCACCUGCAACAUCUACCUACAGAUAUAUGGCUGGCAGAAGGCGAAGUCGAAGGACUUGAUUCCAUUCGUAUUGGAGCUCACCGUCUUCCCCGUCAUCUGUUCCCUGGUGUUGUUCUUUCGUGGCUCCGAUUUCGGUCUAUCUUUUCUUUUUCGUUCUCGGCGUUGAGUCAACAAGCAUGAUCGUCCACAUCCUUCGAAUCUGCAGCUUCAUGAUGUACGUGGGUUAUACCUAUUACGGUAUGUCGCCUGUUCCAGUGGUAUGUGGUGGUAGAAGUCAUUGGACAGUUAAAUAUCUUGUGUGUACAAGCAGCAACAAAGGCAUGUAAUAUGUGGACGCUAUUUGAUUGUAACUUUAAUGUGAUUUUUCUUCUAUCUUCAA